GGGGAGCUUCCAUCGAGCGAUCUUCACAACGAGGUUCCUACCACCGUGUCCACCGAAGAUAUGGGUUGAACACUGAUUCUUAUCUUAAUUGCAUUCCUUUGUAUCCCCUCACGCGUCUACCAUGUCGGCCCGUCUGCUACACCCGGACGAGUACGAGCUCGGCUCGCGGUCCUCCGCCGACUCCGACGGCACUUUCAACCUGGACGAUGAUGAUUUCGAGUCCCAGAUGCCGUCCACAUCCAGGCUUAGCACGCGGCGACUACCUUGGCUGUCUCGGCUCCUCUCUUCCUCCGGAUACCGGCGCUUGAAAUCCAAUGCACGACCCAUCUUUACUAGCUCCACUCGCCCGACUUGCGCGCGACGCUGCAUUCCCCGUCGCCGAUGCUGCCAGGUCCAUGUCAUCUUCGGAAUCGUGCUCGCCCUCGUACUAUUUGCUUCCAUAUUCACGCCUUCUUAUACCAAUCCCCCCGCGCAUUACGCUACUCUACGAAAGUCGGCGUUGGAUGGGAAUGUCGCCGGCAGAGGCAACCCACACCAUAAGAAAGUGUUCAUUGCAGCAAGUCUAUAUGACCGCGGCGGGGAUCUGGCACGGGGGAAAUGGGGUACCCAGCUGUUACAGCUAAUUGACCUCCUGGGAGGUCCCAAUGUGUUUGUGAGCAUAUAUGAGAACGACAGUGGGGAAGAAGGACAAGCUGCAUUGCGAGAGCUGGAGCAGCAGAUUCCCAGUGCCAAGUCAAUCGUCUACGAAGAACAUAUAGACUUUAAGACGAUUCCCUCCGUGGUCAUUCCGGGGGGAGAAUCGCGCGUGAAGCGCAUUGAGUACCUGGCGGAGCUUCGAAACCGAGCGCUCCAGCCGCUGAAUGACCACCCCGAGAUUCGGUACGACAAACUUCUUUACCUGAAUGAUAUCCUCUUCGACCCUAUAGAUGCGCUACAACUACUUUUCUCCACCAAUGUCAACGAGCAAGGUGAGGCUCAAUAUCGUGCCGCAUGCGCCGUCGACUUCGACAACCCCUUUAAAUUCUACGACACCUAUGCCACGCGCGAUCUUGAGGGGUACUCGAUGGGACUACCAUUCUUCCCCUGGUUUUCCACCGCCGGAAACCACGAAAGUCGAAAAGACGUGCUGCAGGGCAAAGAUGCGGUUCGGGUCCGUAGCUGCUGGGGCGGCAUGGUGGCUUUUGACGCCAAAUAUUUCCAAGACCCACUACCCGGAGGCACCACCCCGGCGCGCUUCCGCUCUGGACCCGAUCUCUUUUGGGAAGCAUCCGAGUGCUGCCUCAUCCAUGCGGAUAUCCAAGAUCCCCGGACUGGGGACGACGAUACCACUGACACGGGGAUCUAUAUGAAUCCCUACGUCCGAACGGCUUAUGAUGGCCGAACUCUAUCUUGGCUGGGCAUUACCCGUCGGUGGGAACGGUUGUACUCGCUCAUUCACAAUAUCUGCAAUCAUCUCGUUGGUCUGCCGUGGUACAAUCCCCGUCGAACCGAGACGCCUGGCCAGCGCGUGCAAGAGACGGUAUGGGUCCCCAACGGCAGCCAGGAUGGCGGGGGCUCUUUCCAGACCGUCGAGCGCACCGCAGGCAAUGAUGGCUACUGUGGGCGGCGAGGUUUGCAGGUCCUUGUGGAAAAUCGCAAGCCUGGGCAAAAAGGGUUUGAAGGCAUCCCCGUACCAUCACUUUAAGGUCGGAUUUUUUUUUGGAUGUGGACCGGCCAAUGUAAUGACUUGGCAUGCUUUUACAUAGCCUCAUGAAUAUAGAACAACAUAAUAGUGAUUGAUCGUCCACACCGGCAGUGCUUUUGUGACUGCUCGUGUCCUCGCCUAUUGGCUGAAAGUCGAGCUCGAAAGUUCCACUGCUGUAAGUCGAGACUACUAACGCUUAAAUUAGACAAGACCUGUACCAUCUAGGAGCGUACGAUGGUCCGUUCAGUUGUCUAUAAAGGAGGGAUUGUGGGACAUGAGCCGUUUUGUUCUGUCGUGUAUCACUGUUCGUUGACGGAGAUUAAAGAAACGGUCCACUUUGAUGGGAA